AAUUUCUAUGUUUUUGUAGGUAUUCUUUUCGAACUCUGCAUUAGUUUUGAGAAAGCGUUUUGUGAAGAAUAUGAAAUGAGCUGUGGUUGGGCCUUUAUGCGAUUAUUAAAUGAUUCUGGUGAUCCAGUAAAAAGCAAAAAAAGAAUGUUAAAAGUCCAACAGGGAGAACUAUUUGCUAGUCAUGAUUCUCACAUGGCAUCUCCAGGAAAAAGUGGUUUAUGGCAAAAGAUUAGAGACCAGCAAAAAAUGACUCGGAUUCUUGUUGAUCUUAAUAAUCCUGACAAAAGUUUUUCUCAACAAAUUGGGUUCUUACCUUCAACUUUGAUUGGUCCUUUUAGUUGUGUCAAUGUUAUUUCUUUAUACAGAAAAGUAAUGUGUGAUGAUUUGUUGCAAAGAUCUGCAUUUGAUAGCACAGAUUACAUCCAAUCUCCUCUUCUUGCUAGUGUGCCUAAAAUAUUUAAUGAACUUGACAUCCUUAAUUUUAUGCGGAAAUUAUGGUUGGAAGAAAUGAAGUCUUUCAAGUCUUCCAGUAUUAGAGGAGACAAAUCUAAAAAGAAAGCUUUUAGAAGUUUCUUUAUGCGUACUAUAUUUCCUGUGAUAAAUUCAGACAUGUUAUCACCAUACUUGUUAGGACACUGGAAUAGUUUAAAAUUGAGAGAGCAAGUAUUUGCAAAGAUCAUUGAGAUUAAAAGGAAUUGCAAAGAUGGAAUUUUGGCACUGUCACCAGAAAUGGUAUUUUCACCACUGUCUAUGAGUCUGCUAUGCACAAGAAUAACUCAUUAAUGUUGUACAAAAAUUAAUUUAAAGGCGAAUGAAGUCAUAACAUCAAUUAGUUUUUGUAAUAUUUGAAGAAUAAUGAAGAUGUUGGCUUCCUGGUGUAGUAUAACGAGCUUUUGAGUGAUAGAGCCACAUUGUUUGGUGCCCAUAGACCCUACAGAAUAAAAGGCUGGUAUGAGGUCAUUAGGACAAUCUGCAAAAUAGGCACAAAAGGUGACAGGUGAUUUAUGGAAGUCCAUAGGAUAUGGAUUUUGGAAGCAAG